ACCGAUUCGGAGUAACCGUUUUCGUCCAUUUUGAGUCUUACUUUGCAACGGAACAGUACCGGUUUUUGUCGAAGUGAGAAUUAAUAUAAAAAUUAACAAUUAUUUUUUUAAAUAAUUGUCUUAAUUAUUAAACAAAUAGCUCCAAGCAUAUAUAAUUAUAAUAUUAUAAUAUUUUCUACAAAAACACAAAAUGACUAAAGUUAAAUCUAAUUCAAAAGCUAAAAAUGAAGCUUUGAAAAAACCAUCAAAACUCAUCAAGGAUAAUGCCAUUAAUAAAAAUAAAAAUAAAAAUAAAAAUAAGAAUAAUAAAUUUGUUAAUACGCCAACUGGUAAAGUGCGUUUGGUCAAUGACAAAAAAGCACAAAAUAAUCAGAACAAUGUAAAUCAAUCUAAUAAACAAAAGCCAAAAAAGAAUUUGGAAGCACAGAUUAAUAAUAAUAAUAAUAAUGCUUCUCCGCAAAAGAAUAAAAACAAAUCUAACAAACAAUUAGUUAAAAACAAUAAGAAUUUGUCAUCGAAGAAAAGUAAACUUGAUGAAUCAUUGAAUGAUACAAGUGAAGAUGUAACUGAGUGUGAUAGUAGCAGUAUUUCAGCAAACGAUAGUAAUAUUAAUAUAAAAGAUAUUUUAGGAAAAAGUUUGGCAGAUAGUACUGAUGAAGAUGAUACCGAUUUUGUCGAAGACGAGGAACCUGAUGAAGAUGAGUACGAGUACAAUAGCGAUGCAGAUAAUUCUGUUUCGUUAAAUAAAGGAGUCAAAAUGUUCAAAGGAAUUCAAAAUAUUGACGAUGAAGACGACGAUGAUGAUGAUGAUGAUGAUGAUGAUGAAGAAGAUGAAGAUGAAGAAGACGAUUCUACUGAUGAUGUUGAUGAUGAAAGCGAUGAAGACUUAGAUGGUAAAUUCAAUUUGAAAGCUAAUACUAAAAAAUCAAAAGCUUUAAACAAAAAUACGAAUAAUGUUAAUAAUAAAUCAUUUGAUUUUGAUGAUGAUUCGGAGGAUGAUGAAGAUUUUAUGUUUGGUGAAGAUGAGUAUGAUGAAAUUGAAUUUGAUGAAGAUGAUGAUGAAGGUGAAGACGAUGACGAUGAUGAUGAUGAUGAUGAUGAGGAUGAGGAUGAUGAGGAAGAAGAGGUUCUAGGUUUGAAAGCUCUUUUAGCGAAUAGUAUUGCUACCGAUGAUGACGAUGAUGAAGAUUUCAAAGAAGAAGAUGAAGAUGAUGAAGAUAUUGAUAUUAGCGAUGAAUCAGAUUCUGACAUAGGUAAAACACAUAACAAAAAAAAGGUUAGUAACAUUACAAAAGAUAAUGAAGAACAAUCUAAAUCUGAAGAUGAUAUAUCUGGUAAAGAAUCUAGAACAAUUUUUGUCAGCAAUAUUCCGAAAGAAACAAAAAAAGAAGAAGUAAUGAAAGCAUUUAAGAAAUUCGGUGCAAUUGAAAGUAUAAGAGCAAGAGGCAUAAUACCUAAAGAUCCAAAAAUGCCGAAAAAAGUAGCUGCUAUUAAAAAAAAAUAUGAUUCCGUAACUAAUUCUAUUAUUAUGUAUAUUGUAUUUAAAUCAAACGAAGGUGCUAAAAAAGCAACUAGCAUGAAUGGCAAACAAUUUAAAGGAAAUUAUUUGAAAGUAGAUUAUAUUAAAAAGGAUUUAAGAAAAAAACCUGAUGAAAAGAAGGCCGUCUUUUUAGGAAAUUUACCUUUCACAAUCGAGGAUAAUGAUCUUUGGAAACAUUUCAAACCAUGCGGAAAAAUUCAUUCAGUACGAAUUAUUAGAAGUAAAACAUUGGGUAAAGGAAAAGGAAUAGGUUAUAUUAAUUUCAUAAAUGAAGAUUCUGUAGCUUUAGCAUUGGAAUUAAAUGGAUCAACAUUAUUAGAUCGAAAGAUUCGCGUUCAACGAUAUUCUUUAAAUGAUCAAAAUGGAAAGAAAUUGAAACGAUCACGCACACUUAAAAAUCAAGAUAAACCUAAUAAAAAAUUCAAAUCUAGUGAUUCCGAUGAAACUACUUCUCCAAAGGAAAAUAAUAAUAAGAAAUUGAAAACUAAGAAGAACAAAUUACAAAAAGGUAAUAACAGCCCAAAUAAAUCAGAAAAGGUAGCAGCUACUACUUUUCAAGGACAGAAAGCUACACUAGAAAAGAAAAAAAAGAAGAAGAAGUCUAAGCCAAAUCACAAUUUGUUGAAAGUAUAGAAUUUCUAAUUAAAUUUGUGAGAUUUUUCUCUUCAUCCAUGUACAGAAUCUAUUUAAAUCUACUACAAAAUCUUAUGCGGAUAGAUUUUGUAUCGUAUUUUUCUUUUCAUUUUUUAGGUUUCAGCACGAUAUGAAAUACAUUUUAGCAUUAUACAAUUAUUAUAAUCUUAUUAACAUUAAGAUCUAUUAUUCUCAAUGUUUAUAACUAUUCUCAAGAAUAUCUCUUUUUAAUUACUUGUAAAACAAUAAGAAAAUAAUUGAUUUUUUUUUUUUUUUUUAAACCCAUAAUUUACAGACGCAGUUAUUUUCUUUCGCAAUAAUGUAGAAUUUUAACUUAAAACUUGUACUUUAAAAAUAUUCUACGAAAUAAAUAUCAAAAAAUCAA